AUGCCUCGCACCCCAAUUCCGGCGAUCAAGAAGCAGCCGUUGACCUUCGCGCAGCUCGCUGCGUACGAUGAUAUCCUGACCGACGCCCUCGUUGACCAUGUUUACUACUGGACGGCAAUCCCGAAAAACCGCCCUUCGUACCAUCCUUCCCGUGGCGUCCGGGAGGAGGACAUUGCCAAAAUCAUCCAAACUCACCUCAUCGUCGACCCGGACCUCGCCGUCGCCGAGGGGAAGUUGUUGGCAACCGACGGCCUAAGAAAGUUUCAUAAUGCGCUCAGGACGUCCAAAGAGAAAGACGACUUCAAGGCACAUCUUCGGCGAUACAUGUCCAUUUACCUUCCCGACUGCCCGUUCGAAGUCAAUGCGACGAACCGUUUCACGAUCGAUUCAUACGAAGCGAGCAUCACGGCGCGACGCCCCAUCAGGCGCAAUGAGGCGAUCAAGUACUUGGCUGGCACCCAGGUAACGGUUACGCCCGAGGAGGAGGCCCAGCUAGCGUUGCGCAAGAAGGACUUCAGUCUCGUAGUCAGCAGCCGGAGCAAGCUGACCAGCUUGUUUAUGGGGCCAGCGAGAUUCGCCAACCACGAUUGUGCGGCAAAUGCCAGGCUCGUUACGCGCGGCGCGGCAGGGAUCGAGAUUUUUGCGUGCAGGGACAUCGCAUUGGGCGAGGAAAUUACCGUCACGUAUAGUGAGAGCUAUUUUGGAGAGUACAACUGCGACUGCCUCUGCCAGACAUGCGAGCAGAACGUGGCCAACGGCUGGAAGCCCAAGGACGGUACCGUACCGGUGCAUAGGAGCAUUGAGGAGGGCCUAUUCGGUGACGACCAAGGCUAUUCGCUGCGGCGCCGGAGGCGGGAACGGAGUGUUAGCGUCGCUGGGUCUCGCACUUCCUCGACCGCGAAAAACCGAGCAAUGGCGACCGACAGGGCCUCGACGACGGAUACCGACUGCGCCGAGGUAUUGGCGAUAGCCCCAGCUCCCCCGAAGCGGAAUUUUGACAGCGUAGCUCUCAGCUCGCCGCCACUCACGCCAGCUAAACGCCAAAAGUCAAACAAUUACGAUAUUUCUACCCUUGCCCUGAGCCUAGACGUGUCGAGGGACAGCUCAGCUAGUGGCGUCGCCGACAGUCUUGCUCCAUCAGAGGACGGGAAGAGCACCGUGACACAAGCGACAACGCCCGAAUCUGAGCAGCCGGGACCACCUUUGAGGCUAGAAAAGCCGCUGCCGUCACCAGAGAUGUCGCCGAUGAAGCAUGGCGCCGCGUUGGGCGACACAUCGAAUGGCGACCAUGCCGCGCCCGCAGAAAUUACCACACCACUAUCGGUUCUUCCUACUACGGAGAUUGAUCCCGUGGAAGAUAGGCUUGACUUGACAACAACUUCUGCAUCUUCGGUUCCCGGUUCUGAAUGCUCGUUAGCAGCAGAAGGUUUGCCCGUUCAUAUCGCACCUGUUUCUACGGGACUUUUGCCCGUUCAAAAGGCAGAAAACAGAGCUCGGGAAGACUCACAGGAGACGAUCCCAGACGAGAGUCUCGAGGCUAGUGCACCAGCGAUGCCGAACUCGGGCGCCCCGCGGCUUGAAGAAGCAGAGGGUAGUGCUCAACAAAGCGCAGAAAUGACAGUGGUAGAAGCGCCCGGCCCGGCCGCAGAGCCCAAUAGCGAGGUCGUCUCCGCCACUUCAGCGCCUGCAACGAAGAGAAAACAGCGGCGGGUCUCCGAAAAGCAAGCGCCAGAACCCGUCCGGAAACAGCGCGUGCCUGGUGACUAUACUCUCACGCCCCUCCUCCUCUCGCAGCCCGAGAUGGCGUGGAUCCUCUGCACCAAUUGCAACGUGGCAUUCGUGCAGGGGGACGCCUACUACACGCGGGCCAACUGCUCCCGGUGCGAGCGCCACUCCAAGCUGUACGGCUACGUCUGGCCCAAGACGGCGCCGGCUGGCAAGAACGACAAAGAGGAGCGUGUGCUCGAUCACAGGCUCGUCAACCGUUUCCUGCACCCGGACGACGAGGCCAUCAUCCGCGGGCGGAAGCCCUGGAGGGAGCGCCUGGGCCAGAGCAGCGAGCUGGCGCACAGCGAGGAACGCGGCCGACAGCGAGAAUCGGGUCCGCCUCAGGGGGAUGCUGGUGAGCGCCACCGCCGUAGCGGUCGUGCGCGGAGGGCGAGCGCGAAGGCUAUGGGGCAGUGA